AUUUCCGCAUGAACCGUGGUGUGAAUAAAUAUAAGCCGCGCGCGUUUCGCGAUUGUUUCAUUUUCUCACUGGUGUUGACGUCAUUGUUACGUAUUUCUACCAGUUUAUUAAUAUUACGUCAUCAUGCCUCCAAGGGGUGGGUCAAAGUUGAACAAUCACAUCAACUAUCGCAUGCGAUGUAUUUUACAGGAUGGCCGUGUUUUUAUCGGAACGUUUAAAGCGUUCGACAAACAUAUGAAUCUGAUCCUUGUCGACUGCGAUGAGUUCCGUCGCGUACGACCAAAGAAAGGAGCGACAGACCGUGAAGAGAAACGGACACUAGGUCUCGUACUUUUACGAGGAGAACAUCUCGUUUCGAUGUCAGUUGAAGGUCCCCCGCCGUCCGGGAAAGGAAUGGGUGUUCCUGGCGGUAUCACUAGAGGGCCUGGCCAAGGUCGAGCGGCUGGGAGGGGCAUGGGGGGCCCGGGGGGUCCAGCCCCUGGGUUGCAUGGUCCCAUGCAUGGUGUCGGGGGUCCACCGCCGGGGUCAAUGGCCCCACAACGUGGUGGGUUCGGCCCUCCCCCAGGUAUGAGGGGCCCACCCCCAGGUAUGGGAAGGGGGGGCUUUGGUCGAGGGUUCGGAUACUAAGGGUCACAUGCCCCCCGUCGAGCUGCGAGCAGGAGGUCUGUUAACCAGGCCUCGAAUUCCUUUUUUCAGCGGAAUUUUUCGGCGAAAAUUUGUCUGACUUUUUUUAUCGUGAGUAAAAUAAAAUUGAAAUGAAAAUAA